CAAUCCACUGGGGUCAUGCUCGAUCACGUGAUCUAAUCCACUGGGAAACGUUGCCCAUUGCAUUGAAACCGUAUGAAAAGGGGGUUAUAUACAGUGGAUGUUGUAUAAAUGACGAAAAUAACGUAACUGGUAUUAGGCCCAAUGUGCUAAAUAAUCCAAACGCAUCAUCAACGACGCUCAUUGCACUUUAUACACUGACCAAGGAUGAGGACCAAAGUCAAGCGUUGGCAUACUCAUUUGAUAAUGGUACGACAUGGACACAAUACGAUGCAAAUCCGGUGAUUCCGAAUCCGGGCAUUAGUGAUUUUCGUGAUCCAAAUGUUUUCGAACGUAACGGAAAAUUCUAUAUGACAUUGGCCGUACGUGAUCGCAUUUCGUUUUACGUUAGCACCGAUUUGCUGUCAUGGGAAAAGCUCACAGAUUUCGGUGUAUCGCCGGAUGAAGGUGACAAAAACGGUGUAUGGGAAUGUCCAACAUUAUUCACACUAACCGAUGAAGGGGGCAAACCACACGAUAUUUUGAUUGUUUCGCUGAAUGGUGAUUUAGAAGGCAGUAAAUCACAGUACUUUAUCGGUCAGUUCAAUGGAAGCAGAUUCAAUACGUACGAUAAGUCGAGAAUACUAUGGAUUGACAAUGGUUUCGACAAUUAUGCGGCCAUACCAUAUCACAAUGAUCCAGAUGGUCGGAUCGUAUUGAUUGGUUGGCUAUCAAAUUGGCUGUACGCACAAGACAUACCGACAUCGACAUGGCGUGGUCAAAUGACCAUUCCACGUGAAAUGGGACUUCGAACAAUUGAUGACGAUCUCCAUAUCGUUCAGCGCCCCGUGGUCGAAUUGAAUGGCAUCAUUGAUCCAGCCAGAAAUUGGUCAACAUCAGAACCACUCACUUUGACUGGAAGCCAAACUAUUGAAGUAACAUCCGAAAUUCCAUUCAAAACCGGCUCCCAGCUAAUUCUGGAUUAUGCGUUCGACAUUGAACAAGUCAAAAAUGGUCAAAUUGAAGUGCGAUUCAGUAAUACCAAGGAUGAAUUUGUGUCCUUUAAUUACAACAUUGAGAAACGGACAUACGGAUUUGAUCGUAGAUAUUCGGGUGAUGUUACAUUUAAUCCACGAUUCGCCGACCCAUUGCCUCGUAUCGAUCGAAUUAGUGGCAGCAAUUUACUCAGUGGACAAAUUAUUCUCGAUACAGCAUCCAUUGAAAUAUUCGCCGAUGACGGUUUGAACACAAUCAGUGCACUGUUUUUCCCAUCGGAGCUGUUUGAGAAGAUUCAUUUACGGUCAUCUAUCGAUGCCGGAAAAUCAGUGACCGUGCCAAAGUUGAGUGUUGGAGCACUUAACAGUAUUUGGCCAAAGUAAUAAUUAUGUUGUCAAUGGCUUUUUGUUUCUUUCGCCAGUUGAAAUAUUUGUAAAUGAUGAAAUCGUUUGGGUUUACACUUAUUUGUUAUGUUAAAACUGAAAUUGUAAUGUGAAUAUUACCAAAAUAAAUGCAUUUGCAAAAUGAU